AUUGUUGCCUUUUCGUGCAAGAGAGGAGAGGAAAAAAUAAAUGUUGUUUGGAUUGCAAAAUAUUUUCACCUAAAAUGCAUUCAAGAGGCGUCCAUUGUGUGCACCUGUGAGCCCCAAUUUUGACGGUGAAAAUACCCCCAAGUUGUAUUGUGAUAGAAAAUCAUGGAGACGACGGAUGCAAAGUAUCAGAAAUUAGCUUCGGAGUAUUCAAAGAUAAGAGCCCAAGCGAAUGUUCUGAAGCGUGCUGUGCUGGAGGAACAGAAUAAAAAUGGGGCGUUGCGUGAGAGUUUUCGACUCAAAGAGGCAUCACUGCGUCGGGCGGAACAAGAGGUUGAUAGCCUUAGUUUUCGCAAUAAGCAGCUGGAGCAUCGUGUUGCCACGCUCCAGGAUGAUCUGGAUAGGGAGAUGAAGCGUGGCCGUGGUGGUGGGAAGCAGCCACGUAGUAACUCAGAGGUGCACAACACCAUGACAAAGGAUGCAGUCAUUGUGGAGGAAUUGCAGAAGAAAAUCAUCGAGAAUGCUCAACUGAAUUCCCUCGUAGCCGAUAAGAUGUCCGAAUUGGAUCUUGUGAUGCAGAGAAUUAAGACACUGGAGCUCAAGGCGACAGAACAUGCGGAAACGGAGAAAUCCCUUCGGCGUGAAGUUGAUGCCCUUAGCAUAAGGAAUGCCGAGCUGGAGAGUAAAGUUGUGGAUGUUGCCAGCACAAUUGGGAGUGAGGAUGGACUGAGUGUGACUGGGAGUGAUCACACAACACCCCUCCAUACAAAUUCAUCAGCCAGCGAGGAGAGAAUAGCAUUUCUGGAGAAGGAAGUCAAUCACUGGCGAACACAGUAUGAGAUUCUCAAAAUCGGGGAUGGUCUCCUUGGUGCCAAGCUGUUGGAUAUUGCCACAAAACCCGGAGAAGUAGCCAAUAGGGGUCCAGCAAAUGGGGAAGGGGACGCCACGACGAAGGAACAACUCGUCUAUGGGCAUCUCACCAAGAAGAUUGAGGAACUCUUCCUGGCCAAAUGUCGUGCUGAAUCAAAGUUGGCUUCCUACAUUGCUGAAUGCGAUGGGCUACAGAAUACCCUUGAAAUCAUCAAUAAUGACGUACAGGACAGAGCAGUGCAGCACGAAGACAUCCAGCGGAAGCUCCAAAUUCUCGAGGAUGAUCUCGUGACAACGCGAUGCAACUACGAGGAACAGAUUACCGUCUUAACGGAGCAAAUUAUCAAUUUGAGCGAUCAAUUGGCCGCCCGGCGUUAAUUUGUACGACAACACCCAUUUAAUAAUUAUAUAUACAUGCUAUAUAUAUCCCCCUCAGAUACUUUAUAUGUGAAUGUAUUUAUUAUAAGGAAAAAAUAUAUAUGUAAUGUUAAAAUGA